GUGAAGGAACAUGAAGAUGAUGAGCAGGUGACGCUGUCCUGCUCUCUGUCGACACGUGUGUUGCAUAUACACACAGUGAAGUGGCUGUAUGAGGGGAAAGAUGGAGAUAUAAGAUACACGGAUAUGCAGACUUCACACUCUAAGUGCUCAGUUACUGUGACAUUUCCUAUUUCUAAUCUCAAGCUGAAGUCAAAGUAUCAAGAGUUGUUCAAGUGUGAAGUGACAGAUGGUUACACUAAAAAAAUGCAUCUGUUUCCCUUCAUCCCUCAGUCCUCAGGUAAGAAACCAGGGGAGGAUGCAACAACAUCAACCACGAUGAGAACAAUUGAAAACGGCAGAAAAUCCAGAAUCACCUCAACAACGCCUGCUGUCAGUGUUACUUCAUCAUCACCACAAGUGUGGUGGCCGUACCUCAUUGCGGUCAUGGGUUUACUGGCUCUCGUAAUCAUCACUGUGGCUGUCAUCAGACGGAAGAUGACUAAAGGGGAGAAACGACGGAUGGAUGACAACACGGGACAGAGCUUAAACUCGGCGGUGACUCAGCCCGGUCCAGAAACCAGUCAGGACACGGCUGAUCCUGAAGAUGGUGUUUCCUACGCCUCCAUCAGCUACACCAAGAAGACCAACAGCAGAGCCCAGGUACGGGUUAGAAAUGAUGAUGAUGAUGAUGAUGAAGGUGAUUCAGUGACCUACAGCUCUGUGAAAGCUUCCUCCUCUCCUGCCGGAGCCUCUGCUGAUCCCAGCACCCUCUACGCCGCCGUUAUCAGAGCAAACAAAUAAGAGACCACAGCACCCAAGAGACAUUUUAAAGCUUUGGAUAUUCACUGGUGUUUUGGAGUAAAUAUUGGAAUCUUCACCUGUCAGCUUAACUCAUAAUGAACAGAUCCCUAAAAACUUCACCAACCAGGGAAAUCCUCAAAGAUCAGCAAUCUCCAAAGUUUAUUUUCAUAAACCUAUUUCUUUUCAGUAACAAUCCUUUAAGCUGGAAGCUCUGACUGUUGACCACGAUUAGAACUAAACUGUGAUCGUUCUAACUGCUGAACAUGAUUCUGUUGUCCUCUGUUUUCUGUUGUGUUGUUGUUUUUAAAUCAUGCUUUGUAUUUUCUGUGAAAAUAUUUUGUUAACAGAAGG